AAGGAAUCCGACAUUUACGUAGAAAUUGUAACUAUUAAUAUUUUUUUAAUAYAAAAAUUGCAAAGUGUUUAAGGUUGAAAAGUAUAACAUAAAUGAGUUAUUAAUGUAGAAAAUGGCACAAAGAAGUCGACACUCACACCGUAAUAGUGCGAGUACGCGUUAUUUCGAAAAGGGUGAAAAGGUACUCUGCUACGAGCCAGACCCAACAAAGGCGAAAGUGUUAUACGACUCAAAGAUUUUGGGUACCUACGAUUCAAAGGAUAAGCGUGGACGAAAAGUUAUUCAAUAUAAAGUACACUUUCAAGGUUGGAGUAGUUCAUGGGAUCGUAAAGUGAACGCUGAUUUUGUUUUAAAGGAUACCGAGGAAAAUCGUCAACUUCAAAGAGAUUUGGCUGAAAAGGCACAGUUACAAAUUAAUGCUUUUCUGUAUCGCAAGGAGCGUACCGGUGGUAAGAAAAAAGCAAACAAAACGGUAGUACCUGCGGAAGAUGCUGCAACAGCGGGGGGCAACAUAACAACUGAUUUGCGUUCAUCCCCGAAAUUUCGAACACGCGGCUCAUCUGAAGAUAAUUUUAGCUCAAGUAGCACUUUUGAAAGACAAGAGGAUUCUCCAAUGAAGGACGAAUGUGAAACCGAGUCUUGCUGCAGUUCAGUAGAAAGUUUUCCAGAUGAAGAAAGAGUCUUACUGCGAAUAAGUGAAAGGCUUCGUCAAUAUUUGGAAUAUGAUCAUGAUAUGAUUGUAAAAUAUUGUAAGCAACAUGCCUUGCCUGCACGAAUACCCGUCGUGGCCAUCUUAGAGAACUUCGUUAAGCAAAGUGUUGUUAAAUUGGUAUUUUCAACAACACAAGUUGAGAGCACAAGGCGACGCACUACGCAACAACGAACAAACAAAAAAGAACAUGAAUUUGACAAGCUUGUGGCAACUGUGGGCUUAUUAAAAGAGGUAGCUGAUGGGUUACGCAUUUAUUUUGAUUUCACUAUCACCGAUUAUCUACUAUAUAAAGAGGAAAAAGAGUACGCGUUAUCCUAUUUAAGUGAGGAGAAUCUUAAAAAUUUCACAUACGUUGCAUUGCCGGGCUUAUCGGCCGAUUUUCUUAAUCCCACUAAAUCGGACACGGAUUCAGCGCAAUUGCCUAUCAGUGACAGUGGCACUGAAGUGCACGCUGCCGAUGCCAAUUCGACAACACCCGYCACGACUGAUGAGCCACAAAAGCGAAAAUCCCGSAUACAUCGGAGUGACGACUGUGAAAUGAUUGUUGAAAACUGUUUGGAGAAYUGUUUAUCGAGUAUUGCUAGCACCAGUUCAGGUGCCUCAACCCCUUUACACUCUGUURCCGCUGGCAGUGGCGGCGCCUCUGGAGUUAAUUACUUGAAAUCACUGCAGCCAAUGGCACUCAAUCUACCAACACAAACCAAGGAAUUCCUGCAAGGAGUCUUAUCCUGGCAUUURCUGCCUACCAAUGCCCCUACAGCGCCGUCAAUGAUAUUUGGAGCUCCACAUUUGGCACGAUUAGUUGUUAAAUUGCCGGAGUUUUUGAAUGCAUCAUCGAUAAACGACGACAAAUUGAAAAAUUUACUACAACAUUUGGAUACAUUCGUGAAUUACUUGGAAGCAAGAAAAGAAUGGUUCAACGAAGACAAUUACGCGCGCUCAAAUGCGAUGCGUAAACGCGCCAGCUCCACCGACAGCACUAAACCCACACCCAUGGAAGGCGUAAAGGACACACUUGAUACGAAUUCUCAAGCGGAAGCGGUCGCCGCAAGUGCAACAAGCACARCAACGCCAACGACGCUGCCGUCAACGACUGUAGCUGGUGCCGCUGCAGCUAUUGCAACGUAAUAACCCAAACACAUACGUACAUAUGUGUUGUAGAUGUAAAUAGUAAAAUGUUAAAAAGUAAAUUUCACACAAAAUAAUGUAAAUUUAGAAACAAGUUUUAUUUUACAAAACUGUGUAUCUUAACAAUUACAAGUAUUUCUGUUUUUCCUUUUAAGUAUAAUUUUAAAGCUUUUUAAUUUUUUUUUCACAUGAAGACAUGUGUGUUAUCGUAUCCUUCUCGCAUUGUUCAUUUCCACUUUCCACACAUACAUGCAAGUAUGUUAUUUGUAUGUACGCACACAACAACAAUAUCGCGCAGUUUGUGUUGUUUGCCAAAUGCGUUUGUGAAAUAAAUAUGACUUAAAAUUAUUAUAAACAUGAAAUA